CGCUCCUCUUAUCUGUCAUUUUUUCCGCUUCCGGUGCCUAUGGGCGCUGCAGAUGUCCUAGGCAACGGGGAGUGGGGUAUCGGGGGCUGCUUAGGGUGGGCAUGUGACGUCAUAGAGGUCUGUGAUGUCACACUAUAUGGACUAUCGUUUUCCAUAACGUAAAUAUACUGGAGGAUCUGUUUUACCAUGCAAAGUUGAGCAUCCUCACCAUGGAUGGGAGGGAAGGACCUCCUUGCGAGGUGAGAUUGCCAACUCCUGGAGCAGAGAGAGAAGGACACAUCUAUUCAGAGUUGGGGGUUGAGAGAGAACAUACGCCAGAUGUGGAAAAACUAAACGAAAUUGCCUCUGACGUGAAGAGGGAUGAGGUUAAGGUCGAGGAAGAAUUAGAUCCAAGAAUACAGGAGGAAUUAGAGCGUUUGAACCAGGCAAGCGAAGAGAUUAACCUGCUGGAGUUACAACUUGAUGAAGCCCGCACUGCAUACCGGCGUAUACUGUCGGAGUCUGCAAGGCGUUUAAAAACUCUGGCAACCCAACUCGGAGCUUGCAUUGAAAAAGCAAGACCUUACUAUGAAGCCAGAAGACUGGCCAAAGAGGCCCAGCAGGAUACGCACAGCGCUGCCUUGAGGUACGAGCGGGCGGUAAGCAUGCACGCGGCUGCACGUGAAAUGGUUUUUGUGGCCGAGCAAGGAGUCACCGCUGACAAGAACAGACUAGACCCAACAUGGCAGGAAAUGCUGAACCAUGCCACGUGCAAAGUGAAUGAGGCAGAGGAGGAGCGGUUGCGCAGCGAGUUUGAGCACCAACAUGUAACUCGCUUGUGUCAUGAAGCAGAAGCCAAAGUGCAGACCUUGCAGAAGAGCCUGAAACGCGUCAUCAUCAAGAGCCGCCCAUACUUUGAGCUGAAAGUUCAGUUUAACACGGUACUAGAGGAGCACAAGUCUCGUGUCACAUCUCUGGAGAUCUCUGUAACCCAGGCCAAGCUCUGUUACUCUGGGGCUCUCCGUAACCUGGAGUUGAUAAGCGAAGAGAUUCACGCCCGACGCAAUCAAGGGUUACUUCUUCCCCAUCGAGCCCCACCUCUUGGCGCUGAAGCUCCUCCAUCAUUGUUGGACAGAGAAUUGGAUCCUCAAGCUGACACAGUGUCCCUACUCAGUUUGCUGACCAUUGCAUCCGAUCUGCAGAAAAGUGAUUCUGUAGAGCACCUGAGAGGUCUGACCGAUGUGACCAGUCUUGACGGAAGAGACACAGGGGAGGGAGAGGGUGCGAGAAGCAGGGAGGGGAGGGGGGAAAGAGGGUCAGUUAUCUCUUUUGGUCAUCAUCGGAGUGUAAGCCUGUGAGGGACAUAGGCAGUAGAGGGGACAUCGGUACAUCUUAACAUGGAACUUACAUUGAAAGUGCAUUAGGAGCUGCUAACAAGUGUGUAGAUAGGACUAUAAAGACUCAAAGAAAAAUUAGGGCAAAGGUCAAAUAAAAGGGAAAAACCUUCAUAAUCCAAUGGAACUAUGGAAGCAAACUAGUUUGGAUUGAUAAAGAAAAGGUCAUGAUUAGACACAAAUUCCCUUUUAUAUCUUAGAAUCUGCACAGAUGGAAGAAGCAUUUAAAGGGCAGGUCUGAUUUUAAAGGGACAGUUUACCCAAAAAAUGUUCUCCCCUUUUAUUUGUUCCCAAUGAUCGAUUUUACCUGCUGGAGUGUAUUAAAUUGUUUACAAGUAGCUCCUUUAUUCUUAUUUCUGCAUUUGAAAUAGCUGAUUUAGUCUGUGGUACCCCCACCUAUAGUGAAAGUUUCUAUACUUAAAGGGACAUUGAACCCCAAUUUUUUCUUAUGUGAUUCAGAUAGAGCAUGAAAUUGUAAGCAACUUUCUAAUUUACUCCUAGUAUCAAAUUUUCUUCAUUCUCUUGGUAUCUUUAUUUGAAAUGCAAGAAUGUAAGUUUAGAUGCAGGUCCAUUUUUGAUGAACAUCCUGGGUUGUCCUUGCUGAUUGCUAGAUAAAUUCAUCCACCAAUAAAAAAGUGCUGUCCAUAGUUCUAAACCAAAAACAAGCUUAGCUGCCUUCUUUUUCAAAUAAAGAUAGCAAGAGAACGAAUACAAAUAAGAAAAAUUGAUAAUAGGAGUAAAUUAGAAAGUUGCUUAAAAUAGCAUGCUCUAUCUGAAUCACGAAAGAAAAAAUGUGGGUUCAGUGUCCCUUUAAGUCCAAGUUAUGUAAACACAGUCGGCAGAAGGAAUUACAUUCCUGGUGGGGUGAAGAAGAGAUAACUAAUACAAUGAUAAUAGUAUAGGGCUUUGUUUUACAGACAUAUAUAAGGAGGCGUGUGUGUACACAUAGUGAUAACAUAAUGAGAUCUCAUUUUACCUACAAGCUCGACCCAUUUCAAUAGGCUGUGAUUUCAAAGAACAAAACCAACAAUUUCUUAUACACAAGUAAACCUGAACAUGCAAUUUCUCAGAUUCUAUACUCUGCAGCUGGUAUAACAAUUUAUUGGAGAUACAAUAAAGGAAAAACAAUUUUACAGUAUACCGUCCCUUUAACAACGGUUUAUAUAUACGGAAAAUUGAAGAACUGAAAUAUGGUCUAUCUUCAUAAGUCUUAGACUGUUUUGGAUUUAGACUUAAAGUGAAGAUAGUCUUAGUCGUGUAUUAAUGAUGGUUGUAGAGAAGACAGUAUUAGAUAUUUAGACUGGAAAUGACUCGCUGCUAUGAGAACGGCGACUGUUUGACGCAGCAUCCUGAACCAGUCAUUUUAAAUAAAUUUAUCUUGUCUUUGUGUAAGAUUAGUAACCGUUUGUGUGUCUCUAUAUACAGCCGUGUGUGUACAUAUUAGGGGGGAGACAAUCAGAUGUAUGUAUAUAACACUAUACCAUCUGGGAUGCGUCUGUAAAUAGAUAUUGCCUUGCAGAGAAAAAAAAGAUCUUAAUUAAAAGGAAUUCAGACUCGGUUCAUGCCGUUGAUGUAAUCUGCUUAAAAGCUUUUGAUUCAGUGACACAUUAGAAGUUUCUGUACAGAAUAAAGCAAAUUUUAAGA